AACUGCGCGGAGCCAUUGUCAGCUGUUCGUUGUAGUCGAUAUGGAGUGAUCAGACCAAGGUCGUUAAUUUUACGCAAUAUUUAUGCAAAAUUUUGCUAAGAACGUGGAUGUUUUGACGCAAGGCUUAAAAGCUGGCAUAUCAGGACUAAUGAACCUCGCAAGCCAAGGAAGUGAUCCUAAUAGUGGGGUUUUCUUUGUUAAUUUUAACCAAGACUGCACGUCUCUAGCUGUUGGAACAAAAACUGGUUAUCGCCUAUUUUCUCUCAAUUCGGUUGAUCACUUAGAGCAGAUAUAUGAAAAUGAUGCUGAAGACAUUUGCAUUGUUGAACGGCUCUUCAGUAGUAGCCUGGUUGCGGUUGUCAGCUUGUCGUCCCCCAGGAAGUUGAAAGUGUGCCAUUUCAAGAAGGGAACUGAAAUCUGCAACUACAGUUACUCAAAUACCAUUCUUGCAGUGAAGUUAAACCGCUCUCGACUUGUGGUAUGCCUUGAAGAAUCUCUGUAUAUACAUAAUAUUCGUGAUAUGAAGGUACUACACACAAUACGAGAUACUCCACCUAACCCUUCUGGGCUAUGCACGCUCUCUGUUAACAGUGACUGCUGUUAUUUGGCAUAUCCAGGUUCGAAUACAAUUGGAGAGGUUCAAAUUUUUGAUACCAUCAAUUUGCAUGCAAAGACCAUGAUUCCAGCUCAUGACAGCCCACUAGCAGCAUUAGCAUUUAGUACGUCAGGUACCAAAGUGGCAACUGCAUCCGAGAAAGGGACUGUCAUUAGAGUUUUUUUAGUGAACGAUGGGACAAAGCUCUAUGAAUUUCGGCGUGGAGUGAAACGCUGUGUCAGCAUAUCAAGUCUUGCUUUUUCAAUAGAUUCCAACUUCCUCUGCUGUUCCAGCAAUACUGAAACUGUUCAUGUGUUCAAGCUGGAAGAACCACGAGAAGAAUUGCGACGUGUGCCAUCAGAAAAUCAAGGCUGGAUGGGUUACCUGUCAAAGGCUGUGUCAGCAUCUGCCAAUUAUCUACCGUCGCAAGUAACAACCGUGUUCAGCCAAGGUCGAGCAUUUGCCACCGUUCAUCUUCCUUUCCAGGGACUCAGAAAUGUUUGUGCCAUCACAGUCAUACAAAAAGUCCUGAGGUUGCUUGUUGCUUCUGCUGAUGGUUAUUUGUAUGUUUACAAUCUGGACCCAAAUGAAGGUGGUGACUGUACUCUAUUGAAGCAACACAGACUGGAUGGGAAACUGGAGCAGCCAGCAGAACAGGCAGCUGGUGCAACUUGUAUAAGCCCUGAGAAUGCUCACUCUGCUUCCAAACCUGUUACUAAUGCGUCUGCACCACCAGGUGAUCACUGCGCCAUAAGUAGCUACGCUGGGAUAUUGAAGGGCUGCUCUCCAGGCUCCAUGUCAGGUACUGUUGAAUCUGAAAAAUUCCAUGAGAUGGCAGCUGCAACAGAAUAGCCCCCAAAAGGUGGUUUUCGAUUUGAUGAUGAAAGUGAAUUUCCACCAGUCACCCAAAAAACAGAAUAGUGAUUGUUCUGUUUAUGACGUGGCAUAUCGACAAAGACCUCUUACAGAGUGUAGAGGCAUUUUCAUUGUACUGUUUACUAUGUGUGUGACACAGUUAUUGCAAGGUGCAUAAGUUCUUUUCCGAAUUCGUGAUGUAUGAAUUAUGUAAAUAACUGGUGCAUACGUACAAGAAUAAACACAAUGAAUGUUACUGAUCUGAGAAGAAGUGCAGAAGCUUGUUGUGCACAUGCAUUUGAGAUGUGUGUAUCCUCAUAGCUGCAUUAUGCAGAGUGGUAGAAUUGAUAUGUUAUUGACUGAAUUCAGUUUACAGAAUUAUAAUCACAUUGUUGGCAAUGGUGGUAUCUUGAAUAGCAGUUGUUUUACACAUUUUAGAAUUUUGUAUUUGAUAAUUCCAUCAUAUUCAAAUGAGACAGAAUUUUGAUUACCACUGACAUUUAUAGCCAACACCUGCUUGUGUGUAAAAUAUUUUAAUGUUUGACACUGAGCAUUUACAUUAAUGAUGAUGGAGAACCUGUUCUCUUUUUGUGAUAAAGAAUUUUGCUUGUGCUUCCAUCCUUGAUGUCAUGCCUCUCUCAUUUCUUUUAGCAGUGGUAUGAUUGAGCUUGAAGAAAAAAGUUGCACUUCUUUCUAUGAAAAUUGAGUAAAAAAGUAAGAUUUUGUAAUUUCAGCUCAUAUUUAUCUUUAUUAAUAGAGCAUAAACAGUGAGAGUCCUGCAACUCAAAAUGAUACACACAAACUAUUUUUAAACCAAAAGUGCAUACAUUUCAAUGAUUUGUGUGUUUUGAUAUUGCAAAAAUGUACAUUGUGGCGCUGCACUUGUACGCUCCACCGCAGUAUUUUCCCACAUCUGAUACCAUUUUAUGUGCUGAUGUGCUUUGUAUCUCUCACUGUUAAUAAAUUAAAGAACUUUCUUAUUGGAAGGUCUUACCUGUACCUUUUUUAUGUUGUCCAGUUUCUCACUGUUACAUGUUUUUAAUUUGUUUCCUUAUGGAUUUUGACAAGAAAUACAAUUUCAGCUGUGAGCUUCUGCAUGUAUCUGAAAAGUUUAUAUUGUUGUACAUCAUUCCAAAUUUUUCCAUUUAUUUAACUAAAAGACAGUGUUUGUACUGAUAACUUACAAAUGAUACCAUUGUUUUAAAAUAAUUCCAUUAUUUUGUUGACAGUAUGAACAAGUAAUUACUUGCUGUGAUUGUAGUGUUGCCAUUAUUAAAGCUCAGUGUCAUUUUUA